UGACCGUCCUCUCAGGAGCAUCAGUUUGAUCCACGCAUGCGCAGAUUGAUUGUAAAGCGGGCCUUGAAUCAUGUCAAGACACGGUCGAAACGGAGGAGACGCUAAGGUUUACGUCGGUAACCUGGGCACUGGUGCGGGGAAAGGAGAGCUAGAGCGGGCGUUCGGGUAUUAUGGACCCUUGAGAACAGUGUGGAUUGCUAGGAACCCCCCUGGGUUUGCCUUUGUGGAGUUUGAAGACACCCGGGAUGCAGAAGAUGCAGUCCGUGGCCUUGACGGCAAGUUAAUUUCUGGAUCUCGAGUUCGAGUUGAAUUAUCUACAGGGAUGCCGCGGCGAUCUCGGUACGAGCGUGCGCCCACCAACCGGCCCUUUGACUCCAACGACAAGUGCUAUGAGUGUGGUGAGCGGGGCCACUAUGCCUACGACUGCCACCGCUACAGUCGACGCAGGAGGAGCAGGUCCCGAUCUCACUCCAGGUCCGGUGGGAGGAGGUACUCGCGCUCUCGCAGCCGGGGCCGUGGCAGGAGAUCAAGAUCCUUCUCUCCACACCGCUCUCGUUCUCCUAGAAGAUCUAGAGCCCUUACCCCCAAGAGAUCAAGAUCUCGAUCAAAGUCCAGAUCAAGGUCUAGGUCACUUUCUCGUGCAAAGAACAGGUCUGGUUCUGUGGGCAGAUCCAAGUCUGGUUCCCCCACGAGGAGCUGUUCAAAAUCUAAAGCUUCACCUCAAAAACUAAGCCACUCUACCUCGAGGAGUCCUCGUCGAAGUGACAGCUCGGAGAGAGACGACUGAACUUGUGAAGUUUUUGUUUCUUUAUGUAAGCAUCUCUUGUGACUAAGUUCUUUGUAAACCCAUUGUAUUGUAAUGUUUGAAAAUAUGUAGGCUUGUAAAUUUCCUCUUUAGGCAUAUUACUGACAUUUCAAAAAUAAGCAAUGGGGACCCAGUCUGGAAUGCUUUUGUGUUUGUGUUUUAGAAAUAGUUGUUGGUUAAUAAAGUAUAUUUGAUUUAAAACGGU